CAAGGAUGAGUUUUACCACCAGUUAUCUGUUCUUCUCCAGGAAGUGUGUUCGACAGAUAUUGUAGUACUAGCCGGAGACUUGAAUGCUCAGGUCGGGCGUCUAGGCACAGAAGAGAGUCGUUUAGGUGGCCGAUGGGGACUCGUUGGUCGCAGGUCAGAUAACGGGGACCGUCUACUGCAACUGUGCACAGACCACAACCUGUUUCUGGCUAGCGGCUUAUGCCAAUCUGGGCCAUCUUUGGCGCCUUCGUGAUGUCAGUCUGGCUGUAAAAGGUCGGAUCUACAACGCGUCGGGGAGAGCGGUUUUACUCUACGCUUGUGAAACCUGGCCUCUCCGAGUUGAGGGUGUUAGACGACUCUCUGUGUUUGAUCAUCGUUGUCUACGAAGGAUUGCUGACAUCCAGUGGCAACACCAUGUUAGUAAUGCAGAGGUUCAGCAUCGUGUGUUCGGGCACAGAGACGAUAAUGUGAUUGGUGUCACCAUCCUGAAACACCGACUUCGGUGGCUUGGACAUGUUCUACGAAUGUCAUCCCAGAGAAUCCCACGUCGUGCAUUAUAUGCCGACACUGGGACUGGUUGGAAGAAGCGGAGAGGUGGUCAGUGUAUGACAUAGUGUCGUGGUAUGAAAGAAAGCUGCAAAGGGCUGGCUUCUGUUGGUUCUUCACGACUUCCUGGCUGGGGUCCGAGAGAUGGUGCAACACAGUGGCUAGAGACGCUAUCAGAUAUGGCUCAGAAUAGAAGCCAGUGGCGAUCCUGCUGUAACCUUCUUUUACUUUCUUCAUAAAAAGUGGUUGUAUCUUGCUUAAAUGAAAGGUUUCUUCUGAUUGUACCUUUCCGUCCCCUCAUUAUUACUACUAUUAUUACUACACUACCUUACACCAACCUCUUCGUUAUUGUUCUCUUUUUCUUUACGCUCCUUACCUGUUUUUCUUCCUCUUCGAAUUCUCAUUGUUUUGUGUAGCGCAUAUAUAUUGGCGCUCUCUUGUACCAAUAUUUAUGUGUUCAAAUAAAUAAAUAAAUAAUCAUCCCGUAUUUUACCCCGUUGGUCCAUACUAACUACUGGAAAAUAAAUUGUUUGGAUCAGAAAGUUAUUUUAUCUCUAUAUGAGGCUCUUGUCUCAUAAAAUUCAAUUUAUAUCGUUUUUGCGAAGUAUCUUGACGCUUGAGUACGUAGAAGUGUUCAGAAAGGGUUUCAUUUCCGAUAUUCAGUUUCAAUACAAACUAAGAGUUGUCAUCAGUCCGUGAAGUCACCGAAUAAUGGUAUAUAUAUUUUUGGUAGAUUAUCUGGUUAGGACCGGGUGAUAAUCGUGAUCAGCGAUUGCAUCACCGUAAUACAAAUGGAUCGUUUCUUUGUCUACCCCUAAGUGCCGAGUUUCGGCAUUAUCUCAUAUUUCCUCUCUCGGAUUACAUUUCCCAUUCCUAAUUUUUAGUUACCACUACUAAUUUCAUCAUCUUUGUAUUUGUGUUUAUAAUGUCAUCUCUCUGUGCCAAUGUAAUGUAGUAAAUUGGACUGAUGCCUAUCUGUACCAGGUUUCACGUUGCUUAUCACCACCAACUAAAUGACAACCUGAAAGCUCCUUAAUAAUACUUUUUUAGAGUAAUUAUCAAUUGUUUUAACACAUGAGAAAUACCAGUUUUAGUUGGAUUCUUUGUAGUUUUUUUGACAUAUUAUUGGUAAAAUUGGGACAUAGUGGGCACACAAACAUCCCAAUUAUGCAUACGAAGAUUUCUUUUGAUCAGCGAGAUUUUAUAUUACUCUCCAUAAUUAUUUCUAUUUGAGCCAUAGCUACUGUGGUGUGUGCUACUUAUAUUGAUAUAAGUAGUAUAUGUCGCGAGUUAAAACGUAAUAUCUGUCAGCAGAAGAUGAGGUGAAGAUCAAGAAAGGAAGAGCGAGAGCACAAUGGAAUUUGUAAGAAAACGCAUGUACAAUGGAAUGGGAGACAAUGGAUUAGUGUUUGCAACGGAAACAGUCCAGUUUGAUAUGAUGCAUUGAUAUUUUGCAAAUUGACGAUUGACUUUAUUGAGAUAGUCUGUAUUUUUGUGCUAAAUACAUUCGAUUGUCCCCACCCGUGUUAUUGAUCACUACACUACCAGCUUUUAGCAUAUUACAAAUAAGAUAAUUCUUCCGAGCACUGAUACAAUGUUUUUCAUUCAUUUGUUUUCUGAUAAGACAUUUCGAAACACAGGUGCAGUAUAGUUUCGUGUCAUGGUUACUAGGCUCAAACGAUCUGCCCCCGGAUCAUUUUAAGAAUGAUGGCGAACUAACCUACUGGUGACCAGUUUAUGACAUGUCAUUGUGGAGUGAACGAAAGCUUUGUAGUAUUAGGAUCCGUCAGUCUAUCACAACCCCCUUGUUAGGGUCGGAGAAAUAGUUCAGUUUAGUGGUUUAAGACGUUAAAUGAUAUGGCUCAACAAAACUAGUGUGGCUCCUGCUGUAGUUUUUGUAUUUUUAUAGAGAAUAAAAGGAAUUCCCUUAGUUGGAAGAGCUGUUACUCUGUUGUAUUGCUGUCUGAGCUGUAUCUCCCAUUAUAUACUGUCUUUAGCUACUUAUUUCUUCUUUUCGACUUUAUUUCCCUCACCCUGUCAUCUCUGUAAUUGUGUAACCUAUAUCUAUUUUGUUGCCAGUUGUACCAAGUUUAAUGUAUUUAUUUAUUUAAACACAAACAUUGGUACAAGGAGGCACCAAAUAGAUAUGACCCUCAUAAAUCAUUCGAUUUGUGUGGGGAAUAGGAUACUGCCCGGGUGUCCAAGCCGAAGCGGAUAAAUUUAGUGUAUUGAAUAACUAAAACUGAUAUCAAGUGUAAUGUUCAAAAUAAGUUUGUUCAAGUGCUAUGUAUAUAAAAUGUCAUUAUUGUUUUACUCCCAGGGCUUGGAUUAACACUGCUGUUAGAACAAAUACUCUUAGUUAAACCAGACCUGAUCAUUCAGCUUCGUACAACGGGAUCUUCAAAUAAUCGCACAAACUCUCCAGAUCUAAAUAGUAGUUCAUUAAAAACUAUGGACACCUGGAAUUCACGGGACAUUUCCAACGAGACAUUUAAUCAUGAUGUGAUUCUUAUAGAAUCUGACGUCAAAUUGUACAAGUAUAAUACAAUAGAUGACCCACGAUACAAUCUUGGUCCUCCUGAUCAUCGCGAUUUAAUGAUGCUGACUUAUUUUAUGUCCACUUUGGCUUGUGCAUAUACUAGCUUACCUUCUAGACUAAAAGAUGAACCUCUUGGACAUCCAGUAGCACAUUUGCUGGAUUGUAUCCCUUACCAAGUUCCAGUUACUGUUCCAUCUAAACAACAAGAUAAAUGUGGAAACGUAAAUGAACAAAAAAAUGUAAUACUCAGUAGCUCUGUUUCUACAUUUGAUGUUCAGCACGACACAUUAGAAAUUGAUUCGUUAUACACUAAUAAGAAUGAUUCGAAUCAUUUGGCCUUUCGGAUAAUGCGCCCAGAUUCUAAUCUAUUUGCAGAAAAUUUUGCUUUUCCAUCAAGUGUCGAUGGUUUAUUAGCUUGUUUAAAUGCUACCCUAGUUGCCCUUUGCGUUGUACCACAACAUAAUAUAACCGAACCAGAUUCUACUUGCAUGUAUCGUUGGAUAUCAUCUAAUCCGGUUUGUGAGUGUGUAGGUCUAGCCAUUUGUCGCGCUGUUGAUCCUACUGCUGGUGCAAUUUAUUUAACGACUGGUGUUUCACAGGAUGAUUUGUUAAAAGUGACAGGAAUUCUGCGUGGUAAUGUCAACUUACCCAAUUGUUUUUUUCUAGAUCAGCCUUUCUUUCGGACUCAAGUUUAUGAAGAAACUUCAUCCUUCCUCCCCUAUUUGGGUCCAGUCAGUACACAGGGAAAAGGACGUGCAGGUUUACCAUCCAGGCGUUCUUACCCUAAAACAAUGCAUCACGCCACUCAUCGUAUGGGCACUUCAGAUGUCAUGGACUAACUUUUUAUUUAUGCACUCAAAUUAAUCCUGCGAAACCUCUUUAUGUAAAGAUUUCACGUGUGUCUUUUCACCAGAAUAGCUUCAACCUGUUGUUGGUUUCUCUUUGACUAUUUAUACCGAAUACAAUUUCAUUAAUAAUUCUAUACCUCAUAUAAAAAGUUACUUGACCACUUAGACGUGCUACCUGUCAUUGACCAAAAGCUACCCACCAGUAAUUCUCUCGUUUUAAGUUGUUCCCGAAUAAUAUUCAUAGCCUGUAUGCCUUCCGCCAAUUUCCAGGGUCAUAUGUUUCUGCGUCUUGUCUCUGUUCCUUUGCUUUGAGAACUCCGAGUUGGGGUUCCCCUUUUGAUGAUGUGUACCGUAAAGUUUGUUCCGUCCACCUCCAUAAUCUCUCCCUAAUUUCUUCCUCAACCGGCUUGUUCUCUCAGCAUUGGUUACUGCUGGUCUCGCCGAUGAGUUUGGAGUAUCUUGCACAGACAGUUGUUUAUGAAUACCUAGUCAUUUUAAAUGUUGAGGAAAGAUAACGAAUUAUCAACACAAAGUAGAUUUUAAAGCACACAAAAACAUACCAAAAGAGUCUUACACCUUUUCUCUUUCUCAGCAGAGUAAUACUAAAGCUGUGAGUUUCCAUUUCCAUCAAUUCGUUUUACGCUUCCAUUGGAAGCAUUAAUGCAACUCCUUUUUGUCUAGGUUGCGUCCAAACACUUUCACUUAGUUCGCUUGAACCAAAGUCCCAUUAUCUACACUCUUAUUCAGAUCACUAUGAAACCCACGUCCGUACAAUUCACGUGCCGACACCAACUGUUGCUUUAGUCGUUAGGCUUGUGGCUUACGACGAGUCUUGCUCAGUGCCAUGAAGUGUCAUAACUCAACUAAUGGAAGACCCCUCAAUUUCCACACAACAAUUCUAGUGGUCCUUUCUGGUUAGUUUUCUCAUAGCUAGGUUUUACAAAGUGAACUUACUGAACUGGCUUCCAAACUUAAUCCUUCAGUUUAAAUUGACAGCGGCAGUAAUUUUUGAAAGGUUUCAGAGGCGUUUAGGUAGUAGUAUCCAUACAUUACCUACAUCAAAGUAAAUCGAGAUUCAAUCACUAUAAGUUAAGCUUUCUCAUAAUGUCUUCGGACUGAAUUAUCUUCUACGCGUAUAUAACCAAACUGAAACAGAGAUAUUCAGACAAGCAACAAAUGUAAGUCGACUGUCACGAUAUUUGUUUGAUUUGAGGUAAUAAACACUUCUGCUUGUUUGUUAAAUUUUACCCUAAUUUUUAGGUCGAAAUGUCCCAACUAAAGUUCAGGGUAAAUUUUAGUUUGUAAAUGUGAAAUUCAUAAUAACCUCUUAGUUAUAGUUGGCUUUCGGUGUGUAGUUGUUAGGUCAUAUCAGCUUAUUAAGAUACUAACGACCAUAAUUAUAAGCCACCAAUCUUAUUGCGAGUACAUGGACACUUAAAUUCUAUUCUAUAAAGUGACAAAGGUUUAUAUUUUCCCUUUUAGUGGACAAGGAUAGUUGAGUGCAGAGCACUGGGAUUCACCUGAUCUCCGUUGAAAUUUUGCAGUCAGAGCUCAGCAUCAAUACUUUGAAUUUCUUGACCACGUGUGUAGUCUGUUUGUACGAUGCGAGUAAAAAUAUAUGGGUGUCGAAAGGAAUAUGCGGGACUGUUGCAAUACCGUCUGGGUCGAGCGUCGCGUUAAGCCUUGCUUCUCUUGGGCCAGUACACAUUCGCAAGAGAGCUGGAUAACACUAGUCUCUCCCGUUGUAGCAUUUCGAGAGAACGGUAUUUAAAUUGUAGACAACAUUUGGUACGUGUAAGGAAGUUACCUGUAACUGGAAUAUACAGUUACAGUAAGAAUUGCGUCUAAAUUUAGGUUGAAACUUGAUUGUCCAGCUACCUGAAACACCAGCAUGCUGAAUGCUCACAAAACUGACUAAUCUUUGUAACCUAGUUGGAUCUGUUGUUAUGAUUAUCGUUUUUUCUACUGAUUUAUGAUGUUUGUUGAGGAACUAAUCUUAGACAUAUCGCUGUUUGUGAAUGAGCGCUAGUGAAGAGUCUUUCUAGCAUGAAAUGACCAUCUAGUCCUUUCAUAUUUCAAUUGUUGUUCAAACUAUGAUCAGCUCGUCAUUUGAACUGUGGAUGUUUGUUUUUAUCCAAGAUUAUGAUUCAGUCUGUCCGUUAUUUUGACGAUAUUCGUCAUUCAUAUCGUGUUUUACGUUUUUGGCUUUUAAAUCCUAAGAAUUCCGGUUGUCGCAAAAGUAUAUUUCUGUUGCUACUGUUACUAGUUCGCAGCAUUGUUAAAACUCGUAACAGGUGUCACUAUAAGCAUUAAUUCUAAUAGUUGUAUGAAGGCACCUACCAGCGCAUCGCUGAAGGAAACGAAAACAAUAUUUUUACCAUAACGCUUAUCACAGUUCUGAAGACGAUAGCUAUUCGGUUCACUUCGUAACUGCUAUUGGCAAGGGAGCUCUUAGUUUUUAGGAAGGUUGUGCAUAUACUGAUAGUCUUUUCCAUUCAGCAAGCUAAAGUGGUCACUGAAAGUUCAUUUUCACGGGGAAGACAACUUUUCAAUAAAUUAGUUCGUUCUCCGAGUUAGGCUACCAUACAUUUCAUACUACAGGUUUAAACGCAUGCUUUUAAGCACAAUCCCAUUAAUCAGCUGCAUACUUAGAUUAGUGAAUGCCUAGUUGUUAGUAAAAUUGACACUAAACUACCGAAAAAUUAAGCAGAUUUGUCACUGCCUUUUUUAGCCAACUGAGGACUGCUUUAUGUAUGAUGUCAGUUGCGACCAAAGUGAUACUGUCUUGACAACAUGAUGUGUCGAUAUUGUAUGGAAGCAAGUUUGUUGCUUCAUGGAACACUCAAGUUUCUUCUGUAGGGGUUAGAUAAAGUAGAUUUUUUUGUAAUUAGCUUUGGUAAUGUUUGCACUUUUCAUCAAUUCCUUCAAUAUGUACAAUCACCACUAUUACCUGUAAAAUUGUCGUUCAAGAAACGUGACCCUUUAUUUUUCUGAUUUGUGAACACAAAACAUGACCCACUGAUUAUCGUCCACAUAUACAUCGCUGUUUACAUGGGCUAUUCUACUUUCUGAACAAACCAAUCUAUUCAUCCUUUUCAAGCCACAUUUUAACCUUUCCCUUAGCUUAUUUAGCCUAUCUUUAUGUGACUAUAUGUGUUAAUUACUUACUCUAUUCAUUAUAUAUCUGUAACGGAUUUUUGUUUGGGUAUUUAUGUCUCGCUUGUCUUUUUCAAUCUGGUUCCCUCUUUGUUUCGUCUCCUUGAUUUCCUGUUCAGACAAAUGAGUGCAUGAAAUAUACAUAUUCAAAACCCAUUCUCAUAUUUGACUUAUUUGUUUCCAUUAUUCACCAACAUUGAUUAAGUCGAUGAUUAUAUACGAGGAUAGCCGACAUGUGUAUUUCGAUGACAAUCAUUCAUGCAAUCCGAAUGGAGUCAGAUUUAAGACCACAAAACUCCUAAUUCACUUAGACAGAUAAACAACCCAAAAAUCACUUCGGAUUUGUGACAAUUACAAGGAUUAUACAACCAAAACACUUAAUGAUGGCGGGUAAGGACUAUCUUAUUUGGACAGGAAAACUGAAUCAUUCUCGCUUACUACUGCCUUCAACAGUUCAUCAAGUUUAGUGAGCAAAGUAAUCACUAACGUAUUCACUUUUCAUUUAUUUAUUAUUGACAAUGAAAGAACGGGGUCAAUGAUUUCCGAGACGAGACUUGCUUUUUCUUUAUAAUGAUGUCCUUUAAUACACACAUGUGUCUUGCUCACUGACCAUUAAAUACUUUUUGUUGAUCCAGAUAUGUGGUGUUUGUAUGAACUAAUGGUUUCUUUGCACUUGAUGACUGCCUGAUUUUGAAUUCCGAAUACAACACGUUCGUUCGUGCACAUAUAGUUCUUCUUGAUUAAAUUGCGUUAUUCAUGGGGUUCCUAGUUUAUACUAUAGUUCAAACACUUUAAGCCAUCAUGUUGGAGCCUGUGAUGGAACAAUUGGACAUACAUUCAGAUUUUGAGGAUUACAUGGAAAUGUUCGAAGUCUGGCCUAUGAUCAAGGAAGAUGUUGAGGACGUCAACACUGUGGCCCAUUUCCUUACGUUAAUCGGAAAGCAAGCAUGCAGCUUAAUAAAAUCUUUGGUAUUUCUAGACAAGCAGAUCUCAUUCCCUUGUGCAACUCUCAAGAAACUACUACUAGACUACGUAAAGGAGGAAAAUCUCGUAAAAUGAUCCAUCAGUACAUCAAAAAUUCUACUACAUUACUACGUAAUUUCGAUCCAUGCGUACUCAAGGUUAUGUAGAUAAUUCGUCGGGGAGAUGUGGUGCAGGUCAUGGAGAUGGGUAGAAGUUUGAUCAUACAGAGUCUACAUCCAAUACACUGUCGACCAGACACAGAAUGAACACAAGCAGAAGAUGUACAAUCUAUUACAUAAACUUUGACGGAAAAGGUGUGCCGGAUAUGAGGUUUGUAUGAACUAAUGAUCACUUUGCAUUUGGUGACUGUUUGAUAUUGAAUUCCAAAUACAAUACGUUCAUUCCUGC